GAGAUCAUCUUAAGCUGGCUUUAAAAUGCCAUUGAUAAGUCAUGCUUCAUCCUAAAGUCCUGUGCUUCACCAGGCAGUUUGAGCAUGUUAACUGGCUGUAACAUUUGUCCAAGCGUUACUUGUCUGCUGCGUGCCUUGUGCCUAGACCUUGUGCCUAGGCAUCCUCUCCGUGUGGGCUGUACAGCGGAACUGGAGGAGGCUGAGCAACAUGUCCAGGGCACAGAUCUCAGCCCUGGUGUUUGGCGUCGGAGGGUUUGGAGCCCUCGUUGUUGCCACAACAUCCAACGAGUGGAAAGUCACUACUCGAGCAUCAUCGGUGAUAACCGCCACUUGGGUUUACCAGGGUCUGUGGAUGAACUGCGCAGGUAACGCGUUGGGUUCUUUCCAUUGCCGACCACAUUUUACUAUCUUCAAAAUAGAAGGUUAUAUCCAGGCAUGUAGAGGACUUAUGAUUGCUGCUGUCAGCCUUGGCUUUUUUGGUUCCAUAUUUGCACUGUUUGGAAUGAAGUGUACCAAAGUCGGAGGCUCAGAUAAAGCCAAAGCUAAAAUUGCUUGUUUGGCUGGAAUUGUAUUCAUACUGUCAGGGCUGUGCUCCAUGACUGGCUGUUCUCUAUAUGCAAACAAAAUCACAACGGAAUUCUUCGACCCUCUCUACGUUGAGCAAAAGUAUGAGCUAGGAGCUGCUCUGUUCAUUGGAUGGGCGGGAGCAUCACUCUGCAUAAUUGGUGGUGUCAUAUUUUGCUUCUCAAUAUCUGACAACAACAAAACACCCAGAAUGGGAUAUGCAUACAACGGGGCCACAUCAGUCCUGUCUUCUCGGACCAAGUACCAUGGUGGAGAAGGAGACUUUAAAACCACAACCCCUUCCAAACAGUUUGAUAAAAAUGCUUAUGUGUAAAAAACCAACACUGCAAGCUGUAUCUUGAGUUUGUUAUUAAAAGUGAACUGUUCACAGGAUGAUUCCAGCAAGGUCCUCCUAUAAUUAACACUCAAAACGACUUAAAAAAAAUGAAUUGGAUGAAUUCGCUAAUUGUGUGGGGGUAAAUGUUACGUAGUUACAUACUAAUUAUCUUCUGUUGUGGCUUUCUAUAAAAAAUAAACAGGUUCUUUACAGGA